AAUCGGGAAUCUGCCCUUGACACCAUUGGACAGAGACGAAACCCGAACAUCUUACAUUUUGCAAGCUGUGGAAAGUGCCUGGGACAAAACAGGCAGAAGGAGAAAAACGGUCCAAGGCCCACCUGUCUAUGAAACCGCAACCGGGGCCGUUACAGUCCCCAGUGCCUCAGAACAAACGGAACCCUUUGAGGAACAGGAUCACCUGGAGUGUGCUGGAGCAGCUGCAGCUCCCGUAGCUCCCGUCUCUGGAGUAGAGCUGGAUUCCCUGAUCUCUCAGGUGAAGGAUCUGCUCCCUGACCUUGGAGAAGGCUUUGUCCUGGCCUGCUUGGAGGAGUACAACUACAACGUGGAGCAUGUCAUCAACAACCUUCUAGAGGACAAGUUGGGGGCCUCCGUACAGAUGCUUGACAGAACCAUGCCUAGGCCUGUGAAACCAGACCUGACUCCGCUUGUCACUUCUCGGUGCAACGUUUUCCAAGAUGACGAGUUUGAUGUUUUCAGCAAGGAUCUGGUGGACGUCUCUCGGAUUCAGAAAGGCAAACG